CCUACCUCCUCAAACUUAGAGAGAGAAGAAAAAAAAAAAAAGAACCACUUCUAGAGAGAGAGAGAGAGUGAUACAGAGAAUAGUCAGCACAGCAUGCAUCAUACUGAAUCAUCGUCGUCUUUGGGUCCGGGAGGGCUAGACAUAGCUCAAGCCUUCUUCAAGCCAAUCCAGAAUAUGGCUCCACCAUCACCCACCAACCGACACACCAAGAUCUCCGUAAUCGGCACCGGAAACGUGGGAAUGGCCAUAGCCCAGACCAUCCUGACCCAGGACUUAGCCGACACACUCGCCCUCGUCGACGCCAUUCCCAACAAGCUCCGCGGCGAGAUGCUCGAUCUCCAGCACGCCGCCGCCUUUCUUCCUCGUACCAAGAUCCUCGCCUCCGUCGACUACUCCGUUACUGCCGGGUCGGAUCUCUGUAUUGUCACCGCGGGUGCCCGACAGAACCCGGGUGAAUCUAGGUUGAAUCUGUUGCAGAGGAACGUGGCUCUGUUCUCGAAGAUUGUUCCGCCUCUGGCGAAGCACUCGCCGGAGACGAUCUUGUUAAUUGUGUCGAAUCCGGUGGAUGUUUUGACUUAUGUUGCUUGGAAGCUUUCUGGGUUUCCUUCGAAUCGGGUUAUUGGGUCGGGUACUAAUCUGGAUUCUUCGAGGUUUAGGUUUCUGAUUGCUGAUCAUCUUGAUGUUAAUGCUCAAGAUGUGCAGGCGUACAUUGUGGGAGAGCACGGUGACAGCUCAGUGGCGCUAUGGUCGAGCAUCAGUGUCGGUGGAGUGCCGGUGUUGAGCUUCCUAGAGAGGCAGCAAAUCGCCUAUGAGAAGGAAACAUUAGAGAAAAUUCACAAAGAAGUUGUGGAAAGUGCAUAUGAGGUGAUUAGUCUAAAGGGCUACACAUCAUGGGCAAUUGGGUACUCAGUAGCCAACCUGGCUCGAACCAUACUCAGGGACCAGAGGAGGAUCCACCCUGUUUCAGUCAUUGCUAAGGGGUUUUAUGGCAUUGCCGAUGGGGAUGUGUUUUUGAGCUUGCCGGCGCAGCUUGGCCGGAGCGGGGUCUUGGGGGUCACCAAUGUGCAUCUUACUGAGGAGGAGGCACGGAAGCUCAGGGACUCUGCUAAGACCAUUUUGGAGGUGCAAAACCAGUUGGGUGUUUGAGAGGGGACAAGUCAGAAUUAUGGGUUUUAUGAUUAUAUAUGUUUUCCUUUUGUUCAUUGUCUCUACUUCUUGUGGUUUUAAUUAAUCUAUUGGAGAUGUUUUCAUGCUGAGUUCAAUUUGAUAACCAAUUAAAUAUUUAAAA